GCUCACGAAGGUCAGGAGUGGGAGCUGUGCUGUGGGAAGCUGCCUGGACUGCACUCGGCAAGCAUGGCGCUGCUGAAGGUCAAAUUUGACCAGAUGAAGCGGGUGAAAUUGGCCCAAGGGCUCUGGCUCAUGAACUGGCUCUCGGUGUUGGCUGGCAUCGUCAUCUUCAGCCUAGGGCUAUUCCUUAAGAUCGAACUGCGGAAGAGGAGUGAAGUGAUGAAUAAUUCAGAGAGCCAUUUUGUGCCCAACUCCUUGAUAGGGAUGGGGAUGCUGUCCUGUGUCUUCAACUCUCUGGCGGGCAAGAUCUGCUAUGACGCCCUGGACCCUGCCAAGUACGCCAAGUGGAAGCCCUGGCUGAAGCCAUACUUGGCUGUCUGUGUCCUCUUCAACAUUGCCCUCUUGCUGGUGACCCUCUGCUGCUUCCUCAUGCGGGGCUCCCUGGAGAGCACCCUGGCCCACGGGCUCAAGAAUGGCAUGAAGUACUACCGAGACACAGAUACCCCUGGCAGGUGUUUCAUGAAGAAGACCAUCGACAUGCUGCAGAUUGAGUUCAAAUGCUGUGGCAACAAUGGCUUUCGAGACUGGUUUGAGAUUCAGUGGAUCAGCAAUCGCUACCUGGACUUCUCCUCCAAAGAAGUCAAAGAUCGCAUCAAGAGCAAUGUGGAUGGGCGAUACCUGGUGGAUGGCGUUCCCUUCAGCUGCUGCAACCCCAGCUCACCACGGCCCUGCAUUCAGUACCAGCUCACCAACAACUCAGCGCAUUACAGCUACGACCACCAGACAGAGGAGCUGAACCUAUGGGUGAAUGGCUGCAGGGCUGCCCUGCUGAACUACUACAGCAGCCUCAUGAACUCCAUGGGUGCUGUCGCCCUCCUUGUCUGGAUCUUUGAGGUAACCAUCACAAUUGGCCUGCGCUACCUACACACAGCACUGGAAAGUGUGUCCAACCCGGAAGAUCCUGAGUGUGAGAGUGAGGGCUGGCUUCUGGAAAAGAGUGUGUCGGAGACUUGGAAGGCCUUUUUGGAGAGUCUGAAAAAGUUGGGCAAGAGUAACCAGGUGGAAGCUGAGGGUGCGGAUGCGGGCCAGGCCCCAGAGGCUGGCUGAUGGCCCCGGGGCGCCCUCCCCUCCUGAACACAGAGAAGUAGCGGACUCCAAAAAGUGGAUACACCCCCAUCCAAUCUGAAUCUCCCGAGGAGGAUGGCCAUUUUACAGAGACUCUUCUGGAUGGUGGGAUUUAAAGUUUAGGAACCCUAAAAGCACUUGGCAAACAUUUGUUGAAUGACCUAAAAAUGAACGAACCCCUACUCAGGCCCACUACUUUUGGAUAUGCCCUCACGGUGGACUCUUCACAGCACAUGAAUUCAGUUCCACCCUGAAGCUACUGGCCACACAUGAGGGCAGCUCCCCUUUAAAGUGUAUGCCAUUACGAGCUCCAAGUUGCUUCAUUCUGUAUCCAAAGCGUCACUCGGUACACAAGCAGAGAAGUCUAAAAAAUGUCAUGGCCAUGUUGUCAUC